CUCUCUCUCAUUGUCAUAUCUUUGCAAACAACACAUAAACAAACUCCAUCAAAUACUUCCCACAGUUUCCACUCUCUCUCUCUCUCUCCAAAACUAAAUAUAAGCACUUGUUUUCUUUUCUUUUCUUUGCCUCCUCAAAAAACAAACAAAAAACAAUGUCUAUAAACCACUACUCUUCUUCCCCUAUGGACCUCCAAGAAACGACACCGUUGUGGUGGACUCAACAACCACAACCUCCUCUCCACUACAACAAUAAUAUUCAUAAUUCCCAAAACACCCCUCGCUUCAACCUCAACAACGAAGAAACCGACACCGCCACUACGUCACACGAAGGAGACGAAGAAGAAGAAGAAGAGAAUCUUCCAGAACCAAUACAACAAGACGAUAACAACCACCAACAUAACGAGAGAAUGUUCGAGAAGCCGUUAACGCCAAGCGACGUUGGAAAGCUUAACCGUCUCGUCAUCCCAAAGCAACACGCCGAGAAGUACUUUCCUCUAACUGCCUCCUCCGCUACUGAGUCAGGCACCGAGUGCAAGGGUUUGUUACUGAGUUUCGAGGACGAGUCAGGAAAGUGUUGGCGAUUCCGUUACUCGUAUUGGAACAGCAGCCAGAGCUAUGUGCUAACCAAAGGAUGGAGCCGUUAUGUUAAGGACAAGCGUCUCGACGCCGGCGACGUCGUUUCCUUCGAGCGCCACCGCGCUGACUCUCAGAGGCUAUUUAUUCGCUGGAGGCGCCGAUCUUCUCCGGUGGCGCAAGUUAGCAGAGUGCCUCACGCUGAUGUGAAUAAUGACAAGACUGGUGUAGCGUGGACUAGCGGAUUCUAUUGUGCGCACCCUCCUUAUCCUGCGCAUCAUCUUCAUAACCAACACUUAACAUAUCCACAACAGCAUGAGGGGAGUAGUAGUAGUCUUCAUGCAGUAGGGUCCCAAGGGAAGAACCAAAGGAUGAGACCAGUUGGAAACUGUUCAAGUUCAAGUUCGAAGGUACUUAGGUUGUUUGGGGUGAACAUGGAAUGCCAAACUCAACAUGAUGAUGAUUCUCAACCUUCAACAACAAAAGAGGAUACUAGUAAUUCAGAUACCCACCAUUUCUACCACCAUAAUUAUUAUCAUCAACCUUCUAAUAAUUCUCACCCUAAUCACAAUCACAUGUUACCUCAUCAACAAUCAUACUACUAUUAGCACCUUAAUUAAUUAAUUAAUUAAUUAGCAUAUACUACAUAUGUGCUAGUUAAUCCCACCCCCUUUGAUUUGAUUUUGCUUUAUUUGAUUUUGAUUUUGUUUUUUGGGGUAUGCUUCAGGUGUAAGAUAUAACUAUAUGUAAUCUUU